UGUUUUCCAUUUGGACGGCGGAAGAUUAAGCAUCACACGUUUAAGGCAGAACCCAAUACUUGUCCCCUCUCUCUUCAUCAUCAUCACAUUUUAUAAUCCUCCUUCUCUCGUUUUCUCACUCCAUUGUUUCACCCUAUCUUUCUUCUUGUUCUUCACUCACAAUCUCACAGGUCAAAAACAUGGGCAAGUUGUGGACCUUGAUCACACAGCUUCAUUCUAUUGCUGGACCGGUUGUGACGUUGUUAUACCCUUUGUAUGCAUCAGUGGUAGCAAUAGAGAGCCAGUCCAAGUUGGAUGACGAACAAUGGCUAGCUUACUGGAUCAUUUAUUCCUUCCUCAGCCUUGCGGAAAUGGUUUUUCAACCUGUUCUAGACUGGAUACCAAUUUGGUACGAUGUGAAGUUAUUGACGGUCGCAUGGCUGGUGUUGCCACAGUUCGAAGGAGCUUCGUAUUUGUACGAAAGGUUCGUGAGAGAGCAUAUAAGGAAAUACAUAACGGAGAGGGAACAUCUCCAAUAUCACCCUCAACAGAGUAAAAAGAAGAAGUUCGUAGAAUUCGUCACGCCCAAGAAAGGGGAUCAGGAGGCGUAUUAAGUUGACAUGACAAAACGACGGUGCUGAGAAGUGUGUUGGGUUUUUUCAGCUGAUUUGAAUCAACUUUCCUUUCAAUUUGGCUAUAUUUGCUUUUUAUUUAUGUUUUAAUUAUGUGUAUAUAUAUGUACGUGGAUAUCAUCAUUAUCAUUGUAUCUCAUAUUGUACUUGUGUGUAAAGUGAUCUCUUUCGUGAGUCUUGUUGCACAUGCAUGGAUGGUAUUCUUAGUC